GUUUCGUGUAGAGUUCAUCUCUAACCCUGAUCUUCAGGAGACAGGUGUGUUUGAUCACUCGACAGGAAACGACCACGAACGCUUCCGCCCAGUUACUAUGACAACAGCGUGUUUCCUGCGGUUUCCGAGCGACAAACAUAUACAAACAGCAUGGAUUCCUCUACACCCGCGCUUCUGAAGCUCAGAGUCGAAAACAGAAAGAGAAACGUGUUCGUGACGCAGCUCGAGGAGCACAGAGAACAGAUCGACGAGCAGACCAAACACAUCCCUGUCAUCACAGAGUCCUCCAGCGGGGUCCUGCUGACCGGCGUCCAGACGCUGCAGAGCACACUGGUCCUGCAGAAGAGGGGCGAGGUGGAGGCUCUGGAGGAGCAGCUGAAGGAGACACGGCAGGAGGUGCAGGAGAACAUGAGAGUCCUCCAGAGGAGACGAGCCCAGCUCCAGCAGAGACAGAGCGAGACGAAACAAAGGGCAGCAAAGUUUGAGAAGUUUGUGGAGGAGAACGAGGUAAAGCGCCGGCGUGCACUGAAGAAGUUCCAGAUAGAGAGACAGCAGAAAGAAGUGAAGCAAAAGGAGAAAGAAGAGCUCUCCAUACAACUCCAGGACUUACAGGCCAGGCGGCUGUAUUUACAAGAACGAGUGAACAAAUACAAGAAAUAUGAGGAGUUUCUGCUGAAGACUCUGGACUUACUCCCAGACAAGUAUCUGGGCUUCGGGACAGACCUGGUGACGCCGAUCAUCAGACGCUACGAGACACUGAGCUUCAGCCGGCAGGACCUCCUGGAGAAGUUAUCCCAGCUGAUGGAGAAGAUGAAGACCAGUCAGAGCCACCUGGAGGCCAGCAGACAGCAGCAUAGCACCUUCAGACUGAUGAUGAACCAGGAACUGUCAGAGCGGCAGACACAGCUGGAUCAACUGAAGGAGAAGAACAAACAGCUGGAGAUGACCCUCCACCUGCACCUGGGCCAGUCCAGAGACCAGGUGGAGGAGCUCGGGAGCAUCUUGAUCGCGGUGAAGAGCCUCGCGGAGCAGUGUCACCUGAGUCACUACGGAGCGCUGGACCUUAUGGACACACGCACCAUGAUGGACAUGAUCAAGGUGAUCGAUCCGAGCCGUCCUGCAGCACGUGACCAUAAACUCAGUCAACAACACACUUUUCUGUCUUUAAAGGAAUUCAUCACAGAGAAAGCGGACCUGGAGAGGAGAGCCAUGAGACUGAUGGACAGCAGUGCUGCGACGGUGAAGAGAAGCACACCGAAGAAGAAGACGCUCCAGACACACACCUCCAGAGCCUCCAACUGACCCACGCCUGCAUCACACACACAUUCAGCUCAUUACAUCUGACCACACACACACACACACACACCAAACACUGUUCAAAUGUUUUUAUUCUUCAACAUGAAAAAUAACUGUUUUAUCAGUAACUCUGUGAAAUUAUUUCAAGCAUGAUGAUUUAAUAAAGUUUCAGUGGAAUCACUCUGAAGCUCAUUUCUACAACUUUACAAGUUAAAUCCAUCCAGAGAAGAAUCUAGAGGACGUGAGAGAGAGUAAAUGCUUUGGGUGAAAUCCCAAGUAAAAAACAUUGACAGAUUAACACGAAACAAG